AUGCCAGGUUUAGAUUACAAGUUUCUGGAGCGACCGAGAAGGCGGUUUCAGUGCCCUUUGUGUUACAAGCCUAUGAGAGAACCCGUACAGGUCUCCACCUGUGGACACAGGUUUUGUGAUACCUGUCUACAAGAAUUUCUCAGUGAGGGGGUGUUUAAGUGCCCAGAAGAUCAGCUGCCUCUCGACUAUGCCAAAAUUUUUCCAGAUGUGGAGCUGGAGGAGCAGAUUCUGGCUUUGCCUAUACGUUGCAUCCACAGUGAGGAGGGUUGCCGCUGGACAGCACAGAACAAGCAACUUCAGGCUCACCUAGCAGUGUGUGCAUAUAACGUGGUGCCUUGCCCGAACCGCUGUGCCAUGAAGCUGCUGCGGCGUGACCUCCCCGAGCACCUGCAGCAUGACUGCACCAAGAGGAAGCUCCGCUGUGAACACUGCACUGAAGAGUUCACUGGGGAGGCACAUGAGAGGCACCAGGAUGUGUGUCCAGAAGAGAUGCUGUACUGUGAGAAUAAGUGUGGAGCUCGCGUGGCACGCAGAGUACUGGCCCAGCACACUCUAUCUGAAUGCCCCAAACGCAAGCUACACUGCAAGUACUGUAACAAGGAGUUCCUCUGUGACACCAUUCAGCAUCAUCAGAACCAGUGCCCACGCUUCCCAGUACUAUGCCCAAACAAGUGUGGCACGCUUGGCAUCGCGCGAGAGGAUUUAAUGGCCCACGUUAAGGAGAGCUGUGGGACGGCCAUUGUGCUCUGCCCCUUUAAAGAGGCUGGCUGCAAAUACAGGUGUUCCAAGCCUGCGGUGGCCCGUCACCUAGAAGAGGCCACCCACUCCCACCUAAACUUACUGUGUGGUCUAGUAAGUCGGCAGAGGCUCGAGCUGAGGGAUCUCCGACGUCGUGUGGAGGAACUUUCUGGAAGUGAAGAUGGCACUCUGCUCUGGAAAAUCUCUGAUUACACCAGUCACCUUCGGGAUGCCAGGAGCAGGACCAGUGGUAUCUUGGAGCUCUUUAGUUCCCCUUUUUACUCCCAUCGCUAUGGGUACCACCUCCAAGUGUCUGCCUUCCCUAAUGGGAAUGGCAGUGGCGAGGGAUCCCACUUGUCUGUCUAUGUCAGAAUUCUACCAGGCGAAUAUGAUGGGCUGCUGGAAUGGCCCUUCCCUUACCGUGUCACUUUCUCACUGCUGGACCAGAGUGACCCAGCGCUCUCUAAGCCCCAGAACAUCACAGAGAGCUUUAGCCCAGAUCCAACUUGGAAGAACUUCCAGAGGCCACAGCCUGGGGCAACGGGAAGUGUCUGCAGAAGCAGUCUGGAUGAGAGCUUGCUUGGGUUUGGCUACCCCAAGUUCAUCUCCCAUGAGCAGAUGAAGAAAAGGAACUACAUCAGGGAUAAUGCUAUCUUCAUCAAAGCCUCUGUAGAAGUGGUCCAGAGAAUAAUUAAUUGAACUGAACUUGAAGUAUAUAGGAUUUAAAUAAAAUGUCCUUAAUAUCUUCCUUUGUAUAACUGUUUGUCCUAGCAUGCCUAUAUUUUUAAUGAGAGAAUGGCAGAGACUGGUAGAGAAAAAGGUAGAGGAAAGUUAACAGGGACAGAUUUGAAAACAAUGGACAAACUUUUAAAAAAAUGCAGAAAACAAUUGUAGUUUUGAGCCACUUACUCAUCAAAAAUGGAAAUCCAAGUCCUUAAUA